AUGGCUUCUCUUAUUCUCUCUAAGUCGCUAUUUCUUUUCUUCUCCUUUUCAAUGAUAUGUCUCUCUUUCAGCAGUCCUAGCGAAUGUUCCAUUCUGAAUUACAGUGAUGAUCUGGACAAGUUCACCUCUGAGGAAGAGCUUUUUGGGGUGUUCCAAGUGUGGCAGAGGAAUCACGAACGGUUAUAUGAAACCCUAGACGAGAUGUUAAAGAGAUUUGAGAUUUUCAAGGACAAUGUGAAGUACAUCAAGGAGAAAAAUGCGAAAAGAACAUCAGACUACGACUAUCGUUUGGGUUUGAACCAAUUCUCAGAUUUGACGUUAGAAGAAUUCAAAGAAAGCUACUUAAUUGAGAUGGAUCCCAUAGUGGGAGGCAACAUUGGUGAGCCCGACAGCGAUUACCGUCCAUAUGCAACUCAAUCCUUGGAUUGGAGGGACUUUGGAGCUGUCACAGACAUCAAAGACCAAAAGCAAUGUGAUAACUACGGUUGUAGUGGAGGCCAAGCCUUCUUUGCAUUUGAAUAUGUCAUCAAAAAUGGUGGAAUUGCCUCAGAGGAAGAUUAUCCUUAUGAAGCUGUCAAUAGUAAUUGCGAUCACCAAAAGGAAAAAAAGAUAGCUCUUACUAUUGAUGGCUAUGGGAAUGUGACAUCCUUAUCAGAACAAUCUCUCUUUUGCGCCGUCUCUAGGCAGCCUGUUAGUGUUUAUAUGUAUGCCAGUACCGAAGACUUUCAACACUACGCGGGUGGACUCUUUGAUGCGAGUAGCUGCACAAACGUUGAACAUUGGAAUAUUAGUCAUGCGAUGCUGAUCGUGGAUAUGGUUCAUAUGGCGAUGGUCAUGAUUAUUGGAAUGUGA